AUGACUUGGACCAUCGCCACCGUCUCAGUCCCCAGCGGCAAGACAUACACCAUCGUUGGUGGUCCUGACGGACAGGAGGGCGCGUUUACGCCGGGCUACUGGUUCUCCACCAAAGCCUACCUCAUCAUCCCUAACCUUGGCUACAUCCAAUUCGAAGACCAAGGAAACAAAGUUCCCGGUGGCGACUGGUCUGUCAAAGUCAGCGGGACCAGCAGCAACUGGUUCUACGGUGGUGGAGGCCAGAUGAAGAUUACAGUCAACGCUGACGGGUCCUUCUCCAUCACCGGCGGACAGAAGGAUACCUCUGGCAAGGUCAUCGCUUGGGCCAUCUAA